GUCCUCUUCUUUCCAAAGGGAGGUGUUUUCCAAAUUAGAAGCCGAAGAAGAAACCCUAGAAUUGGUGUUGGGGGAGGAGAUGGGGAGGGGCAAAAUAGUAAUUAGGCGGAUCGAUAACUCGACAAGCAGGCAGGUGACCUUCUCGAAGAGGAGAAGUGGGUUGCUCAAGAAGGCUAAGGAGUUAUCAAUCCUGUGUGAUGCUGAAGUGGGAUUGAUUGUGUUUUCCAGCACUGAGAAGCUCUAUGAUUUUGCAAGCACCAGUAUGAAAUCGGUGAUAGAAAGAUACGCAAAGCUGAAAGAGGAAAAUUAUCAUCUCAUCAAUCCUACUUCUGAGAUCAAGUUUUGGCAGAGGGAAGCAUCAAGCUUAAGGCAACAGCUGCAGUACUUGCAACAAUGCCGCAGGUAUGUCCAAAUUUUCAUAUGUAGCAAUAGAGUGAAGUGUAUGUGUAUUAAAAUCAAGGAUAAAUUGCCGAAAAAUCAUAAAGUUUGGUCGAAUUAUAAUUCUGUACUAUCUGAUAGUUGUAUGGCUGGAUGA